GUAAACAUGGCGCCCGCCAAGAAACGCAACGUGAGUUCUGAAAAAACAACCGAAAGCAGCAUCAAAACAGCCAAAAUCGACUUGAAAAGCAAAGUGGAACAGAUACUUGGCAGUAAAAAACAUGCCAAUGAUGUUUUUGACGUAUUCGAAUUCCUUCAGUCAGAAAAGGAGGAGGAUGUUGUCCGUGCUACCGAUGCAUGUACCAAUUUAUUCUGCACAUUAUUAGAAAGAAAAGAUCUAUAUAUUGGGAAACUACCUGCAGGAGACGAAGAGGAAGUUCUCAGUGGAAAGUACGAAGCUGAGGCAAAAUAUCAAAUGUUCAUGAGAUAUCGCUACGACAGCUGUGUGGAGAUGCUACUUGAAAAUCUCAGUCAUGAACUUCAUGGGGCUCGGGAGAGUGCUUUGUGCUGCUUAAUGAAGUUUGCUGCGACAGAAGGACAACAUCCCCUGGAGGACCUGAGCUGGAGUGAGCACCAUAGUUUCCCACGACCACUCAUCAAGGGUGUUGUGGAUCAAAUGCUGUCCAAAACAUCCGACAACUCCCUGCUGAUCUCAAGGUUCCAAGAGUUCCUCGAGAUGGAUGAUGUUCGCUUUUAUGUAAUGAGCUGCAUCCGUGAGAAUGUCGGCCAAACUAUGGACAGAAGCAAAGGGAGUGUGCUACCUGUGUAUCAGAACAAUGCACUCACCCUCAUCUCCAGCAUCAGCUUGCCCAGUCAGGAGUCCGAGCUCUGCAACUUUAUGGUCAAACAGGAAGUAAAGCACGAUGACUGGAAGGCUACAAAACUGUUGGAACACAAGCGUGUCUUUGAGAGGAUGUGGCUUGGAUUUCUCAAGUAUAAGCUGCCCAGUAGUAUGUAUAAAAAGGUGCUGGUAAUCCUCCAUGACUCCAUCCUGCCCCACAUGAGCAAACCUACCCUCAUGAUUGACUUCUUGACGGCUGCAUACGAUGUCGGUGGUGCUAUCAGCCUGUUGGCCCUCAAUGGACUUUUUGUUCUCAUGCAUGAACACAACUUAGAAUACCCGGAUUUCUACAAGAAGUUGUACAAUCUUCUUGAGCCUUCAAUUUUCCAUGUAAAAUACCGAGCGCGCUUCUUCCACUUGGCCAACAUCUUCAUGAGCUCCAGUCACUUACCGGUGUAUCUCGUGGCUGCGUUUGCCAAACGCCUGGCACGCUUGGCUCUCACUGCACCGCCUGCUGCUCUCCUCAUGGUGCUAGCGUUCAUAUGUAACCUUAUUCGACGCCAUCCAUCAAGCAGAGUGCUCAUUCACAAGCCCUGCACAGAUGACGAACCUUUGGAAGAUCCAUAUGUAAUGGAAGAGGAGGAUCCUGCCGAGUGUCACGCGUUAGAGAGCAGUCUGUGGGAAAUAAAGACGCUGCAGAAACAUUACCAUCCAGAUGUGGCCAAAGCGGCAAUGAUGAUCAACACAGCCUUGCCAGUGCAGGAGGCUGACAUCAGUGAGUUGCUCGAGAUGACCACCUUCGAGCUGAUGGAAAAAGACCUGAGUCAGCCUGAAACUAAGAGCGUCCCCUUGGAGUUUGAACCUGCCACCCACCUGAUGAAGGCGGACAAAGAUGUUAUGGCGCGCCACUUUUGCCUGGCUUAAAAGAAGAAAGUAUGUGUGUUUGCUGUUGGUGUGAGGGACCACAUCAUCCAUCUAGGUUUAUCAUUGUGGGAGAUGUUUGAGUGUUGUAGUGGACACUGCUUGAAACUCAUUAAAUCUUUUCUUAAAGAUUGUCUUAAUUUCAUUAUGGUUUACAAAUGACCUUUUUCUGUUGCCCAGUGUCAUCAUAGCUGAAAUGAAAUGGUUGUGAAAAAGAUAUUGAAAUAAUAUGCAAUUUUUGGAAACCAAUGUGGUGUUUGAGUAAUUAAACCUUUUUCGAGUAGAAAGGAAUUUUCAAAGUGACAUGUUCAGUGCCUGGUCAAUGUGCAAUAUUUGAUAGAGAAUUUCAAUGUAAUGUUUUCUUUUUUUAACCUUUAAAAGGAUGAUUUUCUUGGCAAAAAACUGACAACAUAUCAAUAAAACCGUCACAGUGGAUCACAAAGUC